CCACCGAGGAAGCAACACGUGUGGCAGAGCAGUGUCAACAUGGGGAAAAGAAGGCAGAAGAACCAGCUUUUCACUAAUUUAUCCAAAAAACAGAAGAAGCACUUGAAGGAGUUUGGAGAGGAGCAUCCAUUCCACGACGUAGUUCAUGAAAGGCCUGAGAGGACUGAAGUAGUGGAGCUGCCGUCAAGCCCAGAACAAUCUGACGCCGAGCCCGAUGAGCUGGAAGAGGAGGAGGAGGAAGAACUAGAGGAGAAAACAGCCUACCAGAAGCUUCUUUCAACUCUAAGCCAAUCCACGAGCAACGCCCACACUGAAGAGGAGGAAAGCAGUGAUGAUGACGAGGAGGAAGAGGAGCUUCUUGGUGAAGUGGACAGUGAUGGAGAACAGGAUGGAAGUGAGGAAGGUGAUGAAGAGGCAGAGGAGGAACCUGCAGAUGGAGAUGAAGCUCUGACAGAAGUAGGAGGAGGGAAAGAAGACGAGGAGGAGAAGAAGGAGGCAGGAGAUGAAGAGUUUGUAGACAAAGAACACGAAUCUGAGUUCUGUCUGGAGACCAACUUCACGGGCGACGGAGAACAAGAUGACAGUGAAAACUCUGCACAACACCAGGACAAUAAUGACAUGUUUUUACAACAUUUGGACACAGAGAUUAGUGAAGAAGAUGUGCAGAAAAUAACAUCAGGCUGCAAAUCAAAGACUCAGAUUGUGUGGCCAAAACUGGGAACUCUGCUCUCUACUAGUCCCCUUGAGAACUUUGGUCCCAUCGGCUCUCAGAAAGACACAAACCUCCCAGUUUUCCACAAACUGUUGGAGACCCACUGGAAGGACCUGAACCAGACGUCCAAUCCUAAAGAGAUCAGCCCUCUGCAGCUGGAGCUUCUGGCCCUCAUGGGCUCCUACAGAGAUAUCUACUACCCAGAGACAUGUCCUCUAAACCAGGGGCCACAUGUGCGCAGUGCGUACUGCCUCCAUGUGCUCAACCAUGUACUGAAGGCAAAUUCACAGGUCCUGGCUCACAACACUCAGCUAAAAGAGCAGAAAACUAAAGCUGGAGCUGGAGUUGAGCCUCAGGAUGAACCCAGAGACCAAGGACUGACCAGGCCCAAGGUCCUGAUCCUCGUUCCGUUCCGGGGCGGUGCACUGAAAGUCGUCCAUACGCUCAUCAGCCUGCUGGAGACCAAAGGAAAGAAGAUUGAGGUCAGCAACAAGAAGAAGUUCAAGGAAGAGUUUGGAGAAGAGGCCGAGGGCAAACCGUCCAACCUGCAGAGACCAGAUGAUUACCACGCCAUCUUCUCGGGGAAUGUAGACGACCACUUCAGGAUAGGUAUCUCCAUCAUAAGGAGCAGCGUACGUCUCUACGCUCCCUUCUACUCCUCAGACAUCAUCGUUGCUUCUCCACUGGGCCUUCGCACGGUGCUGGGAGCAGAAGGAGAAAACAAGAGAGACUUUGACUUCCUGUCCUCCAUUGAGCUGCUGGUGGUGGACCAGGCAGAUGUUUUCCUCAUGCAGAACUGGGAACAUGUCCUGCAUGUGAUGAAGCACGUGAACCUGCAGCCGCUGGACUCUCAUGGAGUGGAUUUCUCCAGGGUGAGGAUGUGGAACCUGAACAACUGGGCCAGACAUUACAGGCAGACGCUGGUGUUCAGCUCCAUCCAAGACCCACAGAUCAACAACAUCCUCACCAAACUGUGUGUCAACUACCGUGGACAGAUCACCACAAAAAACAUGCCAAAAACGGGCUCCAUCUGCCAGGUCCUUGUUCAGCUGCCUCAUGUGUUCCAGAUGUUUUCCUCCGACAGCUUCAUGGACAAUGAUGCUCGGUUUCAGUUCUUUCUAGAUAAAGUGCUGCCUCAGUACCGGGACUCCGUCAUGUCCCACACACUGAUCUACGUCCCGUCUUACUUCGACUACGUCCGCUUACGCAACUACAUGAAGAAAGAGGAGAUGAACUUUGCCAGCAUCUGCGAGUAUUCCAGCAAGUCAGAGGUGUCUCGAGCCAGACACUUCUUCCAGAAAGGACAGAAACAGUUCGUUCUCUUCACCGAACGCUUCCACUUCUACAAGAGGUAUACCAUCAAAGGGAUCCAGAACCUGAUUUUUUAUGGACUGCCCUCCUACCCCCACUUCUACAGUGAGGUGUGCAACAUGCUGGCAGCGGGAGGUCAGGGGGAGGCGGCCAGCUGGACCUGCACCGCUCUCUACUCCCGCUACGACGCCCACAAACUGGCCGCCAUCACCGGCACCCAGCGAGCCGGACAGAUGCUGCACUCCAACAAGCCUGUUCACCUCUUUAUUACAGGAGAGGAAGACAAAGACUCCUGAUGGAGCAACAGGAACAGUGGGACCAACAGACUCAAAGAACGGGACGUAGCUGCUGUGGACAUUAAACUGGGUGCACUUCAGGAACACGUGCCACUUUCUGUUACAUCUGGAAGACAGCGUUUUCAUUGGGUGUCUUUGAUGUGUUAUCGCUGAGAGUUGCCAAGAAGCAUCACGCCAUGAAGCGAAGAGGCCAUAAAAGACUGUUGUGGUUACAUUAGAAUGCCAUAAUCACUGAUUAAAGUUCACAUGUGACCUGGAAGGGCAAAAGGUUUUCUGGAGUGUUUCAGUAAUUAAAAAAAUCAAAAAUCGAUUUUAAACCA